AUGGAGGAUGACAUCGCGGUCGUAGGUAUCGGCCUGCGGUUCCCCGGCGAUGCCUCUUCUCCCGAGGAAUUAUGGAAAGUCUUGGAACGAGGAGAGUCUCAAUGGAGCGAAUUCCCCAAAGAUCGUCUAAACAUCGAUGGCUACUAUCAUCCUGGUGGUGAUCGUCAAGGUAGCAUCUCCUUCCGCGGAGCCCACUUCAUCAAAGGUGACUUUGCCGCUUUUGAUGCCUCUUUCUUCUCGGUCGCGGCAGAAGAUGCCAAAGCUAUCGAUCCUCAACAGCGAAUCCUUCUUGAGGCCUCGUAUGAGGCACUUGAAAAUGACUAUGAGCAAGUAUGCCUCAGAGAUCCAGAUUGGCAGCCUCAAUAUGCUGCUACUGGAAACGGUAUUGCCAUAAUGGCGAACCGCAUCUCAUACUUCUUCAAUUUGCAUGGCCCCAGCAUGACCAUUGACACUGGCUGCAGUGGCAGUCUUGUGUCUGUUCAUCUCGCUGCACAGAGUCUGAGAACAGGAGAGACAUCUCUAGCGAUUGCCGCUGGUGCUGGCAUGAUUCUUACCCCGAAUACCAUGAUGCCAAUGACGGCUCUCAACUUCCUGAGUCCCGAUGGCAAGUGUUUUACUUUCGACUCGAGAGCCAAUGGAUAUGGUAGGGGUGAAGGUAUCGGCGUCGUCGUUAUGAAACGCCUUUCUGAUGCUCUCCGCGACAACGACACCAUUCGCGCAGUCAUCCGAGCUACCAAAGUCAAUCAAGAUGGUCAUACAACAGGUAUAACUUUACCCAGUAAGGAGGCACAAGUCGCCAACAUCAACUCCAUCUACGAAUCUGCAGGUCUUGACUUCAACCAAACCGCAUAUGUCGAGUGUCAUGGCACUGGUACCAAAGCUGGGGAUUGGCGUGAGCUCAAAGCCAUCUCUGAAUCACUCGGCUCCGUUCGCGAUGUUGAUAAUCCCAUCGUCGUUGGAUCGAUUAAACCCAAUAUCGGCCAUCUUGAAGGCGCUGCUGGUGUAGCUGGACUCAUCAAAGGUGUCCUGACUCUGGAGCAUGCCAAAAUUCCACCCAACAUCAAUUUCGACAAAGCCAAUCCUGAUAUCGAUUUCGAAACCUGGAAAGUCAAGGUACCGACCAAAAUGCUCGACUGGCCUCUUCCCGGUUUACGCCGCGUUAGUGUCAACUGCUUCGGCUUCGGAGGCACAAACGCUCAUGUGAUCAUGGAUGAAGCUCCUCGAUAUCUAUCAGCUCGCGGGCUAAAGGGUAAUCAUAACUCUCUCGAGGCCUUCGACUCAGCUUUGAAGAAGCCCCUUCGCAAGACAGAUUCCGAACCGCAACUUUUCCUCUAUUCAGCGCAUGAAAAGUCUGGCAUUGGCCGUAUCCUGGAGUCCCAUCUGUCUUACUUGAAUUCAAAGAAGGAAGCCGAUGAGGCUUUCCUUCAAAACUAUGCCUACACACUUGGUUGUCGCCGCUCCAGUCUGGAGUGGAAACAUGCUGUCGUUGCCGAGUCUCGAGAAGACAUUAUCGCCAACCUUCAGAAUGUCAACGAUACCCUAUUCAAACGAACUUCCAGAAACAAACAACCCAAGAUAUGUUUUCUUUUCUGCGGUCAAGGAGCGCAGUAUGCGCAAAUGGGGAAAGACCUUUUAAAUUUCAAGGUUUUCCGUGAUGCUAUGGAAGCUGCUUCUCACUACAUGAAAGUCGCUCUCGGAAGUCAAUUCGACCUCCUUGAGGAGAUACUCCAGGACCAGACCCGGACUCGCAUAUCUGACGCUAGAAUCGCCCAACCUGCUACCACUGCUGUUCAGAUGGCCUUGGUAGAUCUUUUUGACUCAUUUCAGAUCACUCCCAGCUAUGUUGUCGGGCACUCUUCUGGGGAAAUCGCGGCGGCAUACGCAUCGGGCGCUCUGACAAGACAGGCAGCCUGGGAGGUUGCUUACUACCGCGGCGUAGCUGCCUCGUCCCUGGCGACUAAAUGUCCGCCGAUUCAUGGAUCCAUGAUGGUAGCUGGACUGCAGCCUAAAGAUAUCCCUGGGGUUUCAAAGGGCUCAAAGGCCGAGGUUUACCGAUGCCAGGUGGCUUGCAUUAACAGCCCUCGAUCAGUGACACUUUCCGGGAGAGGAGAAAACAUCCAGUACGCAUACAAAGAACUCACUGCAAAGGGUAUCUUUUGCCGCAUCCUUCCAGUCCAGGUCGCUUACCAUUCUACCGACAUGACGUUGGUUGAGAAAGAGUAUAAGUCUGCCCUAGGUCUUGUGAGCCCAUGCGAGCACCGGAAGCCCGUGACUAUGUUCUCUACAGUCAGUGGGAAUUCUAUCGAUGGCAGCAAGCUUGAUAAGGGGUACUGGGCCUCCAACCUGACCCAUCCAGUUUUGUUCAUGUCUGCGAUCGACAAUAUGCUAACCCUCCCUCCUGAAGAUUCUCCCGAUAUCUUUCUAGAGUUGAGCCCUACCUCGACGCUUCGUUCUCCAGUUGUUGACACCAUAAAUCAGUCGAAGCAAAACAACUCGCCCGUUUUCCGUUCAGCUCUCAGCCACAAAACUCAUGGCCCGACUUCUUUGAAGCAGUCUUUGGCCGAGCUUUGGGCGUCUGGAUAUAAGUUCGAUAUAGAGAACGUCAUUGCUCAAAGUAACUACGAAGUUCUUCCAAAGUGCUUGGCCGACCUCCCUCCUUAUCCAUGGAACCACACCAGGUCUUACUGGCACGAAUCUCAUCUCGGUGAAGCGAACCGCUUCAGAGUGUUUCCUCGGCAGGAUCUUAUCGGUGCUCCUACCGCCGAUGCCAUCUCCUAUGAACCUCGCUGGCGUGGUUUCCUCCGUAUCUCGGAAAAUCCAUGGAUUCAGGAUCACCAGGUACAAAAGACCAUCAUAUAUCCAGCAGCUGGCAUGGUCACUAUGGCUCUACAAGGAGCAAGCCAACUGGCGAAAGAUACGGAGAAUCUUCUUGGGUUUGAGAUUCUCAACAUGCGAAUUGAAAAGGCCAUGAUUGUGCCAAAUACUGCACAUGGACUGGAGAUGGCCAUGAACUUCAAGCGUAUCUCGACCUCCGGUGAUCAGCAGCAGGAUACCACCUUCGAGUUCUGUAUCUACUCAAAACAACUGGAUUCCUCAUGGGAACAGAAUGCCACAGGCUGUAUCGAGAUGCGAUACAAACGAGGGCACUGGCAGGUCGCCUUUCAUCAGUACCGUAAGAAGUUUGAGUUACUCAAGACAACGUGCAAGCAGUCGGUCGUUCCCAGGCAGCUCUACGAGCUCCUCGACAUUGUUGGCAUGAACUACGGUCCUACCUUUCGCAACAUUACCCAUAUCCUCCAGGGGAACAGCUCAUGCGUUGCCAAGAUCCGCAUUCCCGACACACGUUCGAAGAUGCCUGCUAAGUUUGAAUAUGAUCAUCUCAUUCACCCCGCAACCCUAGACUCAAUGUUCCAGACACCCUUCGCAAUCUCGAAUGAGCCUAUGGUUCCGACAUUUAUCAAGAGCAUAUUUGUCUCGGCAGAUAUUUCGCGCGACCUUGAUAAGGGUUUUGAUGGGUAUUCUACUGCUACUCGGAUAGGUCUUCGUGAUGCUAGCACGGAUAUCGCCAUGACACAGUCAUGUUGGGACCAACCCUCGGUCGUUGUCAGCGGUCUUCACUUCACUGGCAUCGCCAAUUCAGCUCAAGCUGUGGGUGGCUUUCUUCCUAACAACCGCAAUCUAUGCACUCAGGUUUCGUGGACACAGGACAUCACUUGUUCGCGAUCUUUGACAAUUGAGUCUCUCGCCAAAACGCUUGCCCACAAACUGCCGGGUCUCUCGGUUCUUCAGGUUGGCGGCAGCUCAUCUACAGCACUGAACAUUCUAAGUGCACUUGACUGUACUCGCACGCGAACGCCUUGGUUUUCUCGAUACACACUGGGGCACACUGCUGGCAGCAAGGCUUUGAAAAGGCCUUCUAUGGUCGAGGGAACACACUACGAACACUUCAUCGAGAAUCGGGUAAUUGAUGGCUCUGAGCCUUUGCCCAAGUAUGAUCUUAUACUUGUUUGUGUCCAGAAUGGUGUAGACACCCCCCGGCUUCUGACACACUUGAACCGGCCUGGUUUCCUACUGGAAAGCUUGCCACCUGGCGAGUUUGACGCUGUGGACAAAGAGGUUGUCGCCCACAGCUACCGGGAUAACAGUGGUCAGGCUGUUGAAAUGAAGUUUAGUGUUCACCGCGCAGAUCCGGCCCACGAUUGGCUUUCUGUGCCUGAUGUGGUAAUCCUUCUGGCCAACGAAUCUCUUCCCGAGGCACGAUCACUUGCUGGCAAGCUCAUCGUAGAGCGUUAUACUGUUUUACAAAUUCACGUCAUGCAUCUCAGUGAAGUGAUGAGCCAGCCAAACAAGCUCAAGGGUAAGAUUGUCAUCUCUCUUCUCGACUUCGCUACAGAUAACCCAAAUGCAUACGUCUACAACUGGACGGAGGCAGAAUUCAACGCUUUCCAUACUGUUCAUCAGUUAGCCAAAGGUAUCCUUUGGGUCUCGCGCGGUGCUCAUAUGGAGCCUAUGAACCCCAAGGGCGCCCCCAUCAUUGCUCUGGCACGCACACUCAACUCAGAAGAUCCUUUGAAAUUGUUUGUGACGUUUGACUUGAACAUAAAUACCCCACUGGACUCUCUCUCAACUGUCAAGUCCAUCGACAAGAUAUUCUUGCAAAGCUUCGCAUGGGCAUCCAGAUCUGGUCAUCACGAGCUAGAGUUUGCCGAGAAGAAUGGGACGAUUUUUGUCCCCCGAUUGGUUCCCAUUGAGUCGCUCAACGACAUUGUCGAGAAAGGGUUAUCGCACAACACGACAAAGGUAUCUUUCCACAGCUACCCACGUCACUUGAAGCUUCAAGUUGUUCAACCCGGUCUGGUUAACCCUAGUUUGAUGUUCACUGCCGGAGCCAACGUUGCUCCGCAGCCUGGCGAGGUUGAGAUUGUUUUCGAGAGUGCCCCUCUCAACUUUCAUGACCUGGAUACUGUCAUGGGAAGGACAUGGGAUUCCGAAAUUGGCACUGAUAUCUGCGGCCAUGUUAGACGCGUGGGGCGCAAUGUCUCUGGGUUCAUGCUCGGCGAUCGCGUCUGUGGCAUUAUCGCUGGUGGCUCUGUUCAGAGCAAUGUCAAUAUUGACAGCCGCUUUGUCGCUAAACGAUCUUCCAACCUUCCUCUCAGCCAGUGCGUCAGUGCUUACCACUGUCUUGUUCACGUUGGAAGACUCGGGCGCGGGAAGUCGGUCCUCAUCCAUGCUGGGGCAAGCACUUUUGGCCUCGCAGCUCUCAGCAUAGCAGCUCAUCUGUGUGCUGAUUUGUUUGUGACCGUUAUGGGGAAUGACGCAGGGGAUCAGCGAGAGUGUCUCCUGAAUCUCGGCAUCAGAAAUUCACACAUUCUUAAUGCCGACACCGAUAACUUCACUGCAAUUAUUCGCGACCGUGUAGAAAAAGGAGUUGAUCUGAUAUACAACCCUACUCAAAAACUUCUCGAGGCCAACCUCAAGUGCGUUCGUCAUGGUGGUACAAUUAUACAGUUCGCAAGCAAGUCCCCGAAUCUCCCAUCUACUCAACUUGGGUCCGCGACUGUUUCGAUUAUCAACUUUGACUUGACAACACUGAUGAAGAACGAUGUUGAGUACGUGGCGGAGCUAAUCGAGGAAGUGGUCAAAUGCGAAGAACAUAAAGACAGACUGAUUGUGGCGGAACGCUUCAUCAAAGACAUCGAGCUCCCCAACGUCACCGAGGCUCUAAAGGUCAUUGAUAAGAGCCCGCUGCGUGGACUUGUAUCUGUUACCGCUCCUCCUGAGACGAACCCCAUGGUUGAGAUUACAACUUUGAAGCCUGUUCGAACACUUCAUCAGGCUCUAUCUCAUACUGGCACUUACGUUCUUGCUGGAGGCCUUGGUGGCCUUGGUCGCAGUAUCUGCGAUUUACUGGUUCGAAACGGCGCUCAACAUGUUGCUUUCCUAUCACGAUCUGGCGCUUCGUCUGAGUCUUCCUACUCCUUUAUUGAGGAUCUCAAGGUCAAAGGUGUCGAUGCCCGUGUUUACAAAGUUGAUAUUUGCGAUAUGUUCACUCUUGCUAAAGUCGUCAAGGAGCAGAUCUGUCGAGAAAUGCCCCCCAUCAAAGGUGUGUUUCAAUGUGCAGCAGUCAUCAGGGAUUCGAUAUUUGCAAACAUGACAUACUCUGACUGGAUGGAGGCAGUCAAGCCAAAGACUAUCGGUUCGGAUAACCUGGUGCAGGUGGUCUCUAGCAACUCGGAAGACCCUUUGUUCAUCUUCCUUGCCAGCUCUGCUGGGGUAAUUGGUAAUCGUGGUCAGGCGAACUACGCUGCUGGCAAUUGUUUUGAAGAUGCCCUUGCACAAAAGUACCGCCUUCAGGGCAAGCAUGCUACUUCCAUCGAUCUCGGACCUGUCCUUAGUGCCGGCAUGCUUGCCGAGGACGAUGGGAUUCUUGACAUGCUGCGAGCCAGUGGCUUCUACGGCAUUCGACAUCAGGACUUCCUUACUGUAGUUUCUUUUGCCGUCACUGGGGAAAUUACACCAGAGAUUCAUAUGCCCAGCCGCAUCGUCAUGGGCAUUGGCUCCGGUGGUCUUAUCCGACAAAAUCAGCCAGCUGAUCCAUACUGGUCUCGCACUGCUCUUUAUAGCUACCUCAACCUGGUUGAUAUGGCACCUCCCGAUCUGAGUGCCGUUGAUGGUUCAGCCAAGUUCGACUUGAAAUCACUCCUUGCAUGCUGCAAUAGCAUAGAUGCAGCUGCCGACAUCAUUACUACAGGCCUUACGCACAUGCUAGCCAAGGCUAUGAACAUGCUCCCAGAAGAGAUUGACACUAGCAAGCCGCCCAACGUCUACGGUGUUGAUUCUUUGGUCGCCGUUGGAGUCCGAAACUGGGUUGUUACAAACUGCAGCGUCGAAGUCUCGGUGUUUGAGGUCCUGAGCGACAAGACCGUUGCUGAGCUGGCCAUGGAGAUCGCCUCCAAGGGUGGUUUCGGAGCGGAAGGUAACUGA